AUGGAAUUUGUCACAGCGAAUGAUCAAUGCAAGACAGAAGUAAACAUACAAGGAAUGGCUCUCAAACGCUCUGUCUUUAAAAGAUGGUCAGUGGCGAAUCCUCAGCUUUGCGAUGUCAAAUGUGGACAAGAGAUCGCGUGCCAAAGUUAUAACUACAACCGAAAAUACCAAAUAUGUGAACUAAAUAACCGCACCAAGGAGGCGAGACCAGAGAAUUUCCUUUCAGCCCCCUCGUGGUUUUACAUCAGGCGAUUGAACGGCAGAGGUAAGAAGUCAGAAGUCUAUGUGUCUCGCUGAUUUUUGUUUCUCUAGAUUUUCUCCCCACUUAGCCAACCUUGUUCCCUCUCAUCUAUGAUUGAAAAAUAAGAAUAAGACGAAAACAAGACUUUUGUUUUUACUGCAGCUCCUUUGGGUUCUAUUCCUGAGUUACCGGCGAUAUCCUGUCUCGAAAUAAAGGCGAGUGAAGGUAAAAACACCAUCAGCGGCAAGUACUGGCUGGAUCCAGCAGGAACUGGGAAGGCAAUAUUGAUUAACUGUGAUAUGGCUAGCGGGGGUAGGUCUUAUUUUUUUUACGAGUUAUACCACAAAUUAUAUUAAUGUUAUUUUUAUUUUUAUCACUAAUAUUUGUUUGGUUAAUAUCAGUUCUAGCGUGGAUACCCUAUUCACUUCGUUUUACUUUAUUCUUUGCCUUUAUUCUAAUUUCUAGAUAUGGAUGAAUGUAAAUAUAACAUCAGUGACUGCGAUGUGAAUGCAAACUGCACUAAUACGUACGUUUCUUACAAAUGCACUUGUAAAGCGGGAUACACUGGCGAUGGACACUCAUGUUCAGGUACAAUUAAUUUCGUCAUACAAGAUGACCAUGAAUGUGUUUCUCCAUCAACUGUUUUAGCUCACCGCUAUGCGAGGUCUACUCAUGAUGCUGAGUUCAGCUACAGAUUAAAGCAAAUUUAUAGUGUUGAAGUAGUUGAUGAAUGCACGAAUACAUCAAGGUUAUAUCAAACACUUGCAUCGGAGGCAAAAGGAAACAUGUAUUACGCUGUGUUAUGUAGAUAUUUUUUUUGGAGUGAAGCGAUUAUAAAAACAUUGGUGACAUUAAUACGAAACAAACCAAAAAAAGUCAUCUUCCACAUCAUUGCCAAGAAAUCGCCAUCAUCAUCCACCAUCAUCCUCGUCACCAUCACUUUGAUCAUCAUCAUUACAAACACUUUUGUUUACAUAUAUAUAUAUCGAUGAAUGCAGCAAGAAAAUCCAUGUUUGUGACGUGAAUGCAAAUUGCACUAAUAUCAAUGGCUCUCAUAACUGCACUUGUACGGAUGGAUUAUUACUGAAAUUUCCAAUUAUUUUAAGUUCAAAGAAUUGGCUGAUCACUGCAUAAGAAUAUACUUCUGUUCCUCGCGCAACUGCAGUUCUAAGGAAUGAUAGAUUGAGGAUCGAUCAAGUGUUAAGAAUAGCUUAAGCAUCUGAAGCAACAAAUUGUUAAUGAAAGUGGAAAUUGUGGGUUCCCAUUUUUUAUUUUCAUUACAUACAUGCACAGUAUUUAAUUAAUGAAAGAUAUGACUGCAACCGAAGUACUAGUUAGGUGACAGCUGAGUAAUACUUGUGCCCAAUUUUUCUUCUGCCCAUUUUCUUUUCUUUCUAUUUAAUUUCCUUUUUUACAUCACAUGCACCUCUAGAUAUCGAUGAAUGUAGCAGUGGAGACCAUGCUUGUGACGAGAAUGCAAACUGCACCAACACCAAAGGCUCUCACUUUUGUACCUGUAAGGAGGGAUAUACUGGGGCCGGAAAGUCAUGCCAAGGUACAUUAUUAAAUUAGCAUACGAACUUUAGCGCAUUUCUGACUGUUGGUUCUCUCCGACAAAGCAAAUAGGCCCGCAUUUGCACGCCACGUGAGAUUGGCUCUAGCAUCGAACAGAAUCAUUUUUCACAAGUAAGCCAUGCUUUUUCCCGUGGAUAGCGCCACCAUCUCCAGUUUCUAUUUUGUAAAUCAGAAACCUUAAUUCUAUUUUUAUAGUAUAUUUCGGUAAGUUACACUACUAGGAAGCUAAGAGUCUUUAAGCGCAUUUUAGCGGCAAAAUAGUUUCUCGCGAAGUCUCGACCAAACUUCGGUCAUUUACAAUUGAAUAAUAACAAUGUCACAAUGAAUAUUUGGUGAGAUCGACACCAUUGUAUUGAACCUUCACUCCCAAAAUCACAUGAGUAAUUCUCCUUAUUGUCUGCCAUGGAAUUUUUAUGAUGCUAGCUCGGUGAAUUCGGUAGUGAAUCAACUAAUACUCCCCUAAAGUAUAUUUUCCUUUAUUUUCAUCACUUGUCUGUUUCAAAUUGUACUGAUUUGGUAAGGAGAAAUUCUGUCUUGUCACUCAUGGGAGUGAAGGAGUUAAAUAAACAUUCAGAAGUAAAAAAUCUCAACUGGAAAGGGGGAAUUGAUGGAUUUAGGCUUACAAGACAGAACAACAGAUUUGAAAUUGGGGGAACCGAGAAAUAAAAUCUGGUGAGUGGUAAUGUGAAGUGCUUGCGUCUACAAACACAAGAAAGAAAGAAUCAGGUAUCUCAGCUUAUGCUCGGCAAAUUUUUUAUUUAUUUAUGAUUUUACAGAUAUUGACGAGUGUAAAGGAAAUCACUCUUGUCACUCAAAUGCUACCUGCAUGAACACCCUUGGAUCACAUGUAUGUGAAUGUCACCCUGGAUAUACUGGAAAUGGUCGAAACUGCACAGGUGAAUUUAAUUUUCCUCGCUACAUGUAUUCUGUGCUUAGAGUAGUCCUGCAUGACACGUUGGACUACAGCACCGCACCAUUCAGCCGCGUUGCAGGAAAAUUAGAGAAUUUAUCACCCAUAACUCGUUUUAAUUUGAGGUUACAUCCCAUCUACAGAUGCCGAAAAAAUCGAUUUUUCUUUUAUUUAGAAAAGCGUACUUUCGAAUAAAAGUUAAUGAAUAAGGACCUAGGCGAAUCCUCUGGGGGAACUUUCGCGGCAACCGCUCAUGUUGAGGCUCGAUUUUCAUGUUAUUUCCAUAUUUUGUUUAUAUCGCACACUUUACAAAUUUCACAUGUGAAAGCUUCUUUCUUAAGGAAAAAUCUUUGCUCGUGGAAAAUCAUGAGCGGAAGAAAGUCGUUGGUGAAAAAAAUAAAAAAUAAAACAGGCUUAAAGAAGAAAGAAAGAGUACCAAUCUGUUAAGAAAAGAAAAAAACUUCCUUUGUGAAAGUGACUGGUGCUGGCGGAGCUCCACGCUGGCGUCCAGAGUUUGAAUAAAGAAAUCGCCGUCAAAUCAAAAUUUACCAUACACAAUGUUAAAACGGGGUUUCCCUUUCUUUAUGCAAGUACCAGCCUUGAUGCAAAAAACAUUUGUAUACAAAACACUUGCCUCGGAUCGCAAUUUUGAAAGCUGUAUGUCGAUUCGUUGUCUUCCUCCUCAGCACAUUUUGCAGUUUUUCCAUUUUUGUCGCGGGUGUUUUCUUUGCAUUGGCAACUUUUCUCAUCAUUGUGUCGUCCUCCUUAACGCUCCACUUAUUAUCAUUAUUAUCAUCAAGUUUAAAUAAUCAAGAUACUACGAGUGCCCUGAUUGGUCAAAAAGCAAUCGUUGUUUGCACUCGUAAUUUAUGGAAAACUGAAUUUUAUGUUAUUAUGGUAACAGACAGCACUUUCUAUCGGUUUAGCAGCGUAGUAAACGUUUCCAGAUGUUGGGAAACAAUUCGAAAAAAAAAAAGAAAAUCAAUCACCUUCAGCUCACCUUUCACCUUUCUGGUGUUCUCACAACAACCCAUGUGGGUUAUCUCGCCAGUAAACUGAUAGAAAAAGCGAUGAAUAAAGGGGGUUAGGUUUUAAAGAAACUGUGGUGCUGCGUCGGUGGGAGAGUAUAACAGAGUAAUUCAGUAUUAUAAACAAAGUUGAUAACGUAAAUUGGCCACCGUAAAUAGUUUUAAAGCUUACGCUCGAAACGUCAGCUUCGUAAUUCUUUACGGUGGCCAAUUUACAUUAUCAGCUCAGUUGACGAAACCAAAUUAUUUCACUAAUCAGAUUCACGAGAAAUGCUAAAAUAUAAUAAAAAAAAUUUAAAAAGGAAAAUCCAGUUGAGGUACAAACAACUCAGGCUAUAAAGGGCGAUCAAAGCAAGAGGAAACAACUCUUUACAAUAAAAGCUAAGUUUUUUUUCGUUUGUCUCACAAUGUAGUCGCGUGUGAUAUAGAUCGCGACGUUUCGGCUGCAUACUGCUAGUCUUCUUCAGGCGAUGAGGUCGACUGGUCAUAUGUGAUCUUAUAAGACAUGAUGCUCUGCUGUGAUAAGUUAUUUUUCAACAGCUCUUGGUGCAUUUCGGUUCCUGCUGUUUCACUCAGUGAUUUUCUCCCUCGGCGGUCCGCUGUCGCACGGCUCUCCUGUUGUUGUGUUUUUUGAUCGUGGGUAUCCACGCUUCUGGAAUUUCUAUUCCACUAUCCCUUUUGAUGUUGUUAGGGUGAAAUCCUAUAUGAUUGCUACUUUGACUCUGCGCGUGACCCUUACCACUACACGCGUGAGACAAAUGAAAAAUUUUUAUUGUUAUUAUAUAUAUGGUUUCUCAGAUAUUGACGAAUGUAAAGGAAAUCACUCUUGUUACGUGAAUGCUACCUGCACGAACACCAACGGAUCCUUUGUGUGUGAAUGCCAGCCCGGAUUUAAUGGAAAUGGUCAAAACUGCACAGGUGAAUUUAAUCUUUUUGGUACAAUAUUUAGAAUACUCUCGCUCAAAUCUCUGAGAUGGCCACUGUCAGCCAUUUUAUUAGUUUUUCAUAUGUAAACGAUACUGGCUGUGCCUUAGGUCUACCUAGAGCUGUCCUUUAAUGCCCUGUCUGAGAAGGAAAGAGCUCAAAUUCGGAUCCUUUUGAAUUUAUUUGGAUCUUUAAUAUCACUGUUUUAGCUUCUUCAGUGAUAAUAUCCUACGCAUGUACUACUUGGCCCCUUAAUUAAUAUAUUCUUAAGUACAAGUUUCACCACUGAUUGACAAGCUGCCGGAGUUAUAGGACGUUAGAAAAGAUCUUGAACCAUUGAUGUUAAUAACCUAAGUCCUGUUGCAAUUAUUAUUUCACUUUUUAGCUGAUCCUUGCUAUCAUUAUAAAAACUUGAGUUAUGCCAAUAGAAAGAUAAGUUACGCAACACCUAUCGGUUCAGAGUUGUGUGACACCCAACUCCCUUCAGGAUGGUAUCGUUUUGUGGGAGCUGCAGGAACAAAAAUGCCAACAACACGCGUGUCAGCAUACAGGUGUGGUACCAACUGGUCAGGCUGGUUGGAUGGUGCUCAUCCUACAGUGGAAGAUGGUGAAAUUAAAAGGAUGGUCUGCUUUAGUGACCGUUCUUCAGGUUGCAAAUACGCAAUCCGCAUUUAUGUGAAGAACUGCUCAUCCUACUAUAUCUACAAAUUGUUCCGCCGCCGGGUUGUUCGUCGCGCUUCUGUAGUACAG